GGGAAUGAUUUCUUCCCUUCCUCCUUUUUCAGUUUGGUUUUUUGCUUUGAGUUGCUGGCCAGUGAGUUUCCUUAGCUGCAUUUCUUUCCUUUCCAGCAUUUUUGCCCCGCUUGAUAUUAAAUGCUUUAAAUUCCGGAGCUUAAAAAGGAACUCCCUGAGCCUAGGAAAGUGAGGCAAACUUGCUGAAACCCAGAGUGCCCGGAUGUCUAUCAGAAUUCAUGUAAUCCCAAACUGAACUAAAGGCUUAGUUUAGGAAACUGGAGUCUCUGGGAACAGGUAGGAAAGUGACUUUUUUUUUUUUUUUUUUUGUAAAGAGAGUGCAGUGUAUAAGGGAGAUAGGAAGCAGACAUCCACUGACUCACUCUCAACAAAUGCUGAAGGAGAUUUUGGCUGGAGGGUCAGCCAGAUGAGAGGGUUGAUGGACUGCAGACUUUUUGCUUUAUGAACUUAAUUAUGGCUUCCCCGUCAAGCCUGUAUAAUGAAGAUAGAAACUUACUUCGAAUUAGAGAGAAGGAGAGACGCAACCAGGAGGUUCACCAAGAGAAAAAGUCCUUCCCUGUGAACGCACCUCUCUUUGGAGAACCCUACAAGACUAGCAAAGGAGAUGAGUUGUCCAGUAGGAUUCAGAAUACAUUGGGUAAUUAUGAAGAAGUCAAGGAACUGAUCAGUACCAAAAACCCGAAUCUCUUUGGUAUCCCUGAAGAAAGUAGCAUCCCUUUAACCCCGCAAGGAAAAUCUAGAUGUUUAUUCUAUCCUGAGAAGACUAAUAAUAUCUCACAGUUAUCAUUUUUCAAUAGUGUCCAUCACCAAGUUAUUAAUACUCCUGCCUCUGGGUCUUCCAUUUACAUCCCUUCUCAUUGUCCAAAAGCAACUCAGUCAAGAAUGGAACCAGCCUUGAGCUUACAUAUCAAAAAUGAUGGUAUGUCUGGCAUUCAGCACCAAGGAAAGUACUACAAUGGUCAGGAACGGCUUCAUAGGAGUCAGAACAAGAAAGAUGAGCACCAGCCUGAAGGAACCCCUUGCAUUGAGCUUUCAGACUCGGCCCUAGAGAUGAAAGGUUCUCUCAUGUCAUCUGCACUGUCUUCCUCAGUUGUACCAUUGGCAUCUCGACAUUCCAACCAACCAGCUGGGUCCAGGAUGCUGGGAAGCAGCAAGGGUAGUAGUAAGGGCUGUGCCCAAGCUAAAUCUCCCAUGCACCUAGCACUAGAGUCUAAAGAGGAAGAGACACUGCCACAUAGUUUGGCUCUAGUCACUAGCUUAGGGUUACCAACUUCCCAGCCUCCUCCUCAAACGUUCCCCCCUCCUUCCCUGCCCUCAAAAACCACAGCCAUGCAGCAGAAGCCUACAGCAUAUGUUCGGCCCAUGGAUGGUCAAGAUCAGGCACCAAGUCAGUCACCUGAGCUGAAACCACUGCCUGAGGAUUACCAUGGACAUUCCUAUGAGAAAAUACCAGAUUUUAAAGGGACUGCCAAAGCCAAACUCUCUAAGUUGAAAAUGCCUCCAGAGUCCACGGAGCAGGCCUUCCCAAAUGAAGUACACUGUGUAGAAGAAAUAUUAAAGGAAAUGACCCAUUCAUGGCCUCCACCCUUAACAGCAAUCCAUACGCCUAAUACAGCUGAAUCUUCAAAAUUUCCCUUCCCAACAAAGGAAUUUCAGCACAUUGAAUCUGUGUUACAGAACCACAAACAGCAUGCUACAUCUUCAAAAACCUGCUCUAAUUCUCAGCCGGCAACAUCGAUGUUAGAGGAUGACCUUCAGAUCAGUGACAGUGAAGACAGUGGUGAUGAGCAAGCCUCCGAGAAGCCCCCUCCUUGUGCUCCUGCAAGCGUUCCGCAGUCCCUUGCAGACAGCGUGGUUUCAGCACAUUCCAGCAAUACAGAAUCAGAGAGCACCAGUGACUCUGACACCUCGUCAGACUCCGAGAGUGAAAGCAGCUCCAGUGACAGUGAAGAGAAUGAGCCUUCAGAACCUCCAGCAGCCGAGCCUGACCCGCCCACAGCAAAUAAAUGGCAGCUGGACAACUGGCUUACCAAAGUCACUCAGCCACCUGUAUCAGCAGAGAACCUCAAUGAAACAGGGCCCCAGCACCAACCCCAGGACAUCCAGGGACAAGGCAGCAGUAACACCAGUGGUCAUGAGCAUUCUAUCUCCAAUGAGCCCCACCCCUCUAAUUCCAGUAAAGCCCCCAGGACUACUCCUGAAAUUCCCCAUCCUGGCAAGAGAAACUAUCCAAAGUCUGUUACACAACAAGGCCCAGAUGGACCCCCGCAUUGGCAGACAGUUGGUUCAAAACAACCCAAAAAGCCUAUAAAAGCUUCGGUCCAGGAAGAUUUUCAGGAUAACUUGAGGGUCGAAAGUGAGCCAGUCCCUCCACAUGGGUCAAAAGACCAGUCUUCCAAAGAUAAGCCCAAAGUCAAAACGAAAGGGAGGCCUCGAUCUUCCGGAGAUAGACAAGAAAAGUUAAAAUCUGUGUCAGUGCCCUGUGAAAAGAAGAAGCACAAAAAUUCUCACCCAGUGCCUGUGAAAACACCCUCGGACCCUGAACCCACAAAGAACAAUAUGGAUGAUCAGAAACUGGACCAUUUCCCUGACAGUCCCCAGAUUCAGAACCAGGCUGCCACCCAUGGCAGUGGCAGCAGGAGUAGUGGAUGUAAAGCAUCUUUGAUUGUUCAAGAAGAACUUGUUGGGAGUAAGGUCCUAUUGCCUUUCAGAGACACCAAGUCACUCAGGGAUACCUCUUUCCUCCAAAGUCUGGUGGUGAAGAUUGACCUUGCCUUCCUUUCUCAUGUCCCCAAGACACCUGGGAAGGGGUGCCAGCCAAAGAAAAUGGAACACAAGCAACUCCCAACUGGGAAUAAGCAGGAGUCAGAGAAUAGAAACACAGAGAAACCAAACAAAUUGACCACAAAGAGAAAGGGAGAAGCAGAAAGAGACCUUGACAGCAAGAAAAUCAAACUGGAGAAAGAAUCCAAACUCUGUUCAUCAUCUUCUGCUCACAAAGACUCUAGUAAAACAAAAUUGUUGAAGCCCUCCUCAGACUUCCUGAAGAAGGAGCCACCGCCGCCACCAUCUGCGUCUCCUUCCCACAAAUCGGCCAAGAAUGUACAUAAAAGACCAAGGAAUGAAAGCUACCCCUGUGUUCAAGGGCACUCCAAAAGUACUAGCACCACUAAAGAUAGCCAUAAAGAUUCUUCUUCUAAGCAUAAGAAAGUGGAAGGAAAGCCUUCUGGAAAUUCUACAACUAAUAAAGCAUCUCCAGGUGAUAUUUUUCCUGUGCCUUCUUUGCCAAAUGGUAACUCCAAACCCCCGAAGCAUCAAGUCAAGUUUGAAAAACAAGCUGCUGAUUUUUACCUGAAAGAAGCCAAAAAGUUGAAGCACAAGGCAGAGUCAAUGUCAGACAAGGUUGGAAAAGCAUUUAAGUACUUGGAUGCUGUCCUAUCCUUUAUUGAAUGUGGAAUAGCUUUAGAGACUGAAAGUCCGUCAUCCAAAGCCGUUUACUCCAUGUUUUCAGACACUGUAGAUUUCAUUAAAUUCAUAGUAUCAUUAAAAUCCUUUCCAGAUUCCCCAACAUCUACACAGGAAAAAAUUUUCACUGUUUUAUGCAUGCGUUGUCAGUCCAUUCUUUACAUGGCAAUGUUUCGUUGUAAGAAAGACACUGCAAUAAAGUAUUCUCGGACCCUUAAUGAACAUUUUAAGAGUUCAUUGAGAGCGGUGCAGGCAACUUCUUCAGGGGUCUCAAGAAAUAUAAGCACACCAUCACCUCUGUCCCCCAUGCCUUCUCCUGCAAGCUCUGGAGCUUUCCAGCCAGGGUCAAGUGGCAUCAGCUCAACUGUCAGCACUCCCAUUGUGAUCCAAAAUAUGACCUCUUCCUACAUCACCAUCACUUCCAAUAUUCUUAACGCAUAUGAUCUUUGGGAACAGGCUGAUGCACUAGCAAGGAAGACUACAGAAUUCUUUACAGAGCUCAAUGCAAGUGUCUGCACCCUGGCCUUGAACAGCAGUCUGGUCGAGCUGGUUCUCUACACCAGACAAGCCUUACAGCAGUUGCGGCAGGUGGCAAAAACACUCUAACCAGCGACCAGAGCAGCUCAAUGCCUGUUGCACUCUGGAAACCUCAGAAAGAGUGGGCCUCAGCUUCGUUGGGACCCCCAACUCGAGAUGGAAUGAACUAGAGUAUAAUAGCAGGGAAUCUGGCCCCACUUGCAAAUCCUGAAACUGUGCCCACAUCCUUUGGGCAGGGACGUGUGAGUCUAUAAUAGAGAGAAGAGAUGAAGGAGCUGCAGAGUUGGUGACUUUCUUUCCCAAAAGACAAAAGUGCAAUGUCUAGCCUUAAGCUGGUUGUGUGUCAGUGGUCUGUAAACAUUUCUCUGGCUUUAUAACAAGCAAGAUAAAAAGUACAAUUUGAAAAUGAGGCUGAGAAGAAGCAAUUCCAGCUUUGAAAGCAGAUGCAUCUCAUCUCAAAAUCUUCCACAACCCAUUCCAACUAUUAACACAAAGAAUUCUUUCCAUGAUUUUUUUUAAGCAAUGAUUUUUGGUAUAGCAUUUGGGAUGUUGUAUGUCCCUUUCUUUAUUUUUAAAUUUUAUUUAUUUCUUUAAUUUUGAAGAGGAAAGGGGGGUGGGGUAUUUGUUCUAACUGCCAUACAUUGAAACAUAAGUUGUGAAGGAUUCUAGGGUAUCACAUUUUCUGCCCUGUGAAUUAAGGCUUUGAUGAAAUUGAGUGUUUCAGGAGUUCACACACAUUGAGAUAUGGUCUUCUGUACUCCAAGUUAACUUCUUAAACAUUACUUCUUUGGCUUCUCUAUUAGUUAGGGACAGCAAUAGAGUUAUUCUGAGUCGAGAGCGGUAGAGAAGAAUAGAGACCGAGUUUAUGGAGGCACAUCUCAAUAUCUCCAUUGCUUAUCAGAGUAACUGUAUUCUGCAUUUCCUAUCUUAGUGAAAAGGGAACCAACCUUUAUUUCUGCCAAGCUUGGUAGCUUAUGAAUUUUUGUUAUUUUUUCAACUAGACAUAAAAUAUGAAGGAUUAAACUGUAAGAUGCCCAGAAACUCAAAAUUCUGUCAAAAAAAGUGAAAUCCAUUUUUGAAUUAUGGUGACAUUGUUUUGUUUUGGUCACAGGUAAUUUUAUUUAUUUUAUUUGGAAGAUUAGAUCCUAUUGAGUUGUUCUUUCUAGAAAAAAUUAAUUUCAGGUAGCUCGGGGGCAAAUCCUUUUCUAUUUCUUGUCUUCCCAAGAGGAUAUAAAAGCAUUGCAGUGAUGAUUCUUGCUUGUUAAUAAAUUUUCCCCCAUGUCUUGGCUCCAUAGCUCUUGAGUCAAGCAGACUUGAUUACAUUAAUAUAAAAUAAUGCCUUUCUUCCUAAAUUCUUUGCCCUAAUGAUGUACAUUUGUUCAUUUUUAAAACCUUCGAAUGGAAGGCAAAGUCCUCAGGUUGCUCAACAGCCAUAUCUGCUGUACCCAAACCGAUUUUUCCAUGUCCUGCUAUAAACCAGAGAACUGAAACAUCAUUUUGACUAUAGUGUGUUUAAAAGUAAAUUCUUCUUCCUGUUCAGUUUCUAAUAGAAUCAUUUUCCCUCCUGUACUUGCCCUAGCUUUGUCCCAUGCAUCCUACAUGAGUAUUUGAAAUUUCCUAAUUGACUUUCUGAGGCAAAGCCAUGAUCUUUUUAAAAAUGCAAUAUCAAAACUAUUGCUAAGUAAGCAAUAAUUGUCAGGUUGUAGAUUUAUAGCAUUGUGUGUAUUCCCCAUUUUGGGGGUCGAGUGAGGAGCAGCAGCAUAAUGUUGCUGGCCAUAUGAGAUCAUCUAGCCACAUCUACCCUCUAUCUGGGAAGUAGAAGAGAAAAAUACAGCUUGAGGACAUUGAUUUCUGUUCUUCACAACGGGUUCUGAUCUAUGCACAUUGGGUCAGGGUGUGUGAGCUCUUUGCGAGCUAAAGUUCAUUUUAGACUACUUCACAGGUAGUGAAAGGGCUGGUUUGGUUCUUCUUCAGUGGUCUUGCACUUUUUGGGGGGAAGGAGGUGUUUUAUGUUGAAAAUUCAGUGAUUCUUUGGAAGGUCGAUCAAUUUUCAUAGUUCUAUGUGCACAGUUGUGAGCAUUGUAUGAUUCAGGUUCUUAAUUGCAACACACACUGCACCUAUGAGAGAAUUAUUUGUGGAGCCCUUUUUAUGUAUUAUAUAAAAUGUAGUGGCUGCUGAGUCCUGUUAAUUAAUAUUCACAAAGUCUUUUGCUGUUACAGUUGUAUAUAGGAAUUUAAAGGAUAUUUUAAAAAUCAGAUGCACUUUUUUCAUUGCAUGCUUCAAAUCCCGAAAGCAAAAUUUAUACUUAAGCAGACAAUUAAAAGACUAGUUUAUACAAGUAAACCUUUCAAUUAUGUGAAAUUCUCAAUACACGUAAGAAGCAAGCAGUACACGCUUGAUGAUGAGAUAGACUUUUAAGAGUUUUCCAAGAGAAAAAAGAAAAAACAGUAUAAAAUCUUUCCUUUGGUACUAUAGUUUUGCUGGAAUGUCUUUAUUUUUUUGUUUUUCUUUUUGUAGGAAGAGGAGAAAUAUUUUACUUAGAAAAGGAGCCUUCAAGUUUUCUGCCCUUGUGGAGAUAUUUAAAAUGUGAAUGAGUUUGAUAUUUUAACUUAAGAACCCUGCUUAACAAUAAAACUCACUUUAUAUAAUUAUAUACCCAGUUCUACUGAAAAGAUGAUCAUCUAAAGUGGGGGGGGGGGAGAGAGUGAGUGAGUGUGGGUGUGUGUAUGUGUGUAUGUACCCAGAACCAGAAAUAGGCAAGAGAGAGGGCACACAGUAAAGGGAACUGAGUAAUUAGCAUUCAGAUAACCUUUUGGCAAUCAUUGGGUUCUUUGUUUGCUUUUUCCUAUAACAUUCAACCUGGAAAAUGUCUGCUUUUAGGAGUAGAAGGACUUUAAUUUUACUAAUCUUUGGAAUCUCCAAUGUAGAAUCAAUUUUUCUCAUAGACAUGGGAACACUAACACCACACAUCCAGAUCCUCUAGGGCAAAAAUGUCAAACUCACAGCUUGAACCUGAUUAAAAUGUAAUUGAGAAGUUUACCAAAAAUAAAUAGAAACAGAGUUCAACAUAGAUAAUCUUAAUUUGUGAUUUUCUAGGUCAAUAGGUGACCAACAGGGAUGUUUCUCUGAGUUUGACACCAUUGCUCUAGGGUAUUUAGCAACUGUAUAUAGAUUUCCUAUUCACCAAUAUGGGUUUAGUAUUAUGAUUAAAUGUAAACUUUUUAAAGAAUGAAUAAGAUCACUUCUCUCCUUCUUCCCCCCCCCCCCUCCCCCCAAAGAGUGAAGAAAGGUUAUAUCUUUGACAGCUAAGGCUAUGUGUCAGGAAGAAAGUGGGUCCAAUGAAAUUGGCCUGAUUUUUAUAAUGAAGGGUUGUCCUGAUGAGUUUCUUUUUGUUUUUGUGUUUGUCUUUUUCUUUCUGAGAAUUUUCCCCACUCAGUGGAUAUAUUUAUUGAGCCUUUAUUGACCAAACUUAAUUUUAAGAUAGUAUAUUAUUUAUUUGGAGUUUGUUUGCUUUGGACCUCUCUCUCUGUAAGUCCCAUUAUUUCUGUAGCUCUAGGUGGUGAUGAAUAUGAGGAGUUGAAAUCUUAGGUUAAGGAGAAUAAGUAUAAAGCUUAAUGCUGUGUUUCCACUUUUCCCACCUUCUCCUCCAACAUGCCCUUUCUCCUCUUCAUUGUUCCUUGUUCCAGACACUACAUGGCCCCAUUGGCUAAGGUUGCCUUACUAUCUAUUUGUACUUCCAACAGCCACUUCCACUUCAGAUUAGCGAUACUUAGAGCCUUCCGAGAAUGGGUGUUUCCUUUUUUUUUUUUAAUCAUUAAUUUUUCUCACUGGGAAAUUAAAUCAUCUGAAAAAGAAUUAUUCUAUAAUUUAAAUUGUGGUAGAAGGCUCUGUCUCAGUGGAAGUACUUUUUCCUCUAAGUAAUUUUCCCUCCUUUUUCUCUUUAAUAUACUACCUCCUUUUACUUUGCUUUUCCCAUUAUUGUAAUUAAGUGGAAAGAGAGGGCUCCUCCUCACUCCCAACUGUGUUUUUUUAUUUGUUUUGGAGGAGUGAGGUAGGUGGAAUGGGAUUGGGAGAUUCAGUGGUUCAUCUCCAAAAGCUUCACUUGGUAUUUUGGGUCACCAAGUCACAAAUACAUAGCCCAGUGUGGGAGUACUUUCUCUUUGGUAUAUUUAAUUUUGUACACUGGCAAUAUCUUUAGUUCCUCUUUAUAACUAAAAGACAGGAACUGCCUAUCACUUUUCUAAAAAUGUAUUCUUGCAAUAUUGGUGGUUUCUGUAUUCUCUUUGGUCUCCAUAGGGAAUUCUGCCCCAUCAUGAGCUGUCAACAGGAAAUUAGUUAUAUUGAGAAAUGUCUAUACAAGGAAGUAAGACUGCAAACAACUAAUAAUUAAGCCACAUUCAUUAGAUCCAGGCCUUUUAUUAUGAGGCCAGAUGGUGGCUGACCUAAAGAAAUGAAACUUAUUUUGCUUAAAAGUUAGCUUUUAAGUGAUUAACACAGGCAGUAUUAACUUUGCCAAUUGUCCAGGCCAUCAAGAUGUAUUAAUUAAAAAAAAAAAAUUACUGCACAUCCCCCUCAAAUUAAGUACCUACUAUCCAUAUUUUUUUUAUCUUUAUUUUUUAGAAUUUUUGAAUGUGAUCAUGUUUUGGGUCAUUUGAAGCAAGUUUGCCUUUUUAUUUAUUAUCAUUAUAUCAUAUAUGGUUUUGCGCCAUUUUUUUUGUAACCUUAGCAAUAAAUCAAAUCUUGGUAUUAUAAUCUGAAGAGGUUUAUUUUUAAAUAAAUAAAUUUCCAUCUGAUGAAUGGGGAAUCACUGGUCUCUCUUGAAAUAAUAUAAAUUUUCAUUUAAUCUUUAUUGUCAAAGUAUCAGCAACCUAUUCAGCAGUACUGAUUUUGUAUGUAGACUUUGUAUUUAUGUAGUUAUUUCAAGGGGAAGAUGUGCAAAAAAAAAUUAACAGAAAGAAAUGUACUUUAUUUUCUUUAGUGAUGAGAAUGCCUUCUAGAACUUCUGUUCAUAUGAUUUAGCUGCCAUAUGUUGUCCUGCAAAGGGACAUACCAGAACUGUGAGGAAAUUUUAGUUUUUCUUUAAUGGGAGAAAAAGUUUGUGGGAGAUAAUUCCAAAGAUGGCAUGCCAUAGAUCUUUUGCUCAUAAUUGCAGUUUUCAAAAUUUUUGAAUUUACUUGUUAUUUUUAAAUUCUUUUCUUUUUACAAGA